GAUGCAAAGUGAGAGAUGAGAUUUGCCAAAGACAAAAAAUCAAGCGCCAAAAAAUGGAUGAAAAAGAAAAAAGAAAGUUAGAGCGUGAGCUAUCCAAAUUGAGUUUUAACGAAAUUAUUAAUUCAUGCAAGCGCUUGUCCAAUGACCAACUAUUUGAUUUAGAAGAUGUCAUGUCAGAUAGAAUUGUUCGGAAAAAACUAGAGCAUGAAUGGUACGAUCCAAAAACAUGCAAAAGUGUUUUAUAUAGCGAAAGAGUAGAAAAAGUUAAUAAAAGAAAAAAUAACUUUAUUUACACCAUUUCUUACUGGAAAGAUGAUGAAACUGAUAUUGGAGCUGUUGACUAUUGCAUGAAAAAGAUCCAGCUUGCUGCUGAUGUUGUUUUCAGAAAUUUGUUUAUUAACCGAAGAAAAUGGUUAGCUCGUUAACCAUACUGUAUGGUUCUGUUAAUGUGAGAAUCACAUGAAAGACAAUAAUAUAGGUAUUUGCUAUACUUGGUUAUAAAGAUGACAUGUUUUUUAAAGCCAAUUGACUUAAUUAUAGCCCCACAAUAGUAGUUGUAUAAUUUUUUUAGUAAUAUAUAACCAAUUAAAUAAUAAUAUUAGGUUAGAGGGGGAAAAAACUCAUAGUAGAUAUGUUGAUGAUGUUUUAAAGGGGAA